CCUAGCACAGCAUCGCUACCACAGACCGAGGCCUGGUUCCCAGUCAACAGAAGCCGGGUGGCCUGUGCUGGAGACUGCCUCAAUGAUACCGUGUCCCUCAUCCCCAAGUCAUCGUCUUUGAAACUGUAAGACAUGGAGGAUGAAGACAGGACAGUCGAAUGUCAGUAUUCAAAGCCAUCCGCUGGAACAAGUCCCAUGGCUUCCGUGCAUGAAGACCUGCAGGAGGAGAGAGUCAUGAACCUCAAAGCUGUAGAUGCAAAUGAGCCAACAGAAGGCAGUAACCUGCUGAACAGCAGUGAGAAAAAGCCACAGGAAUCACCAACGGAACCCAAUAGCUUGCAGCGACUGAGGCGGAUACUGGCUUGCCCUCCUCACGGCUUGCUGGGAAGAGUGGUAACAAAUGGCACCAUGGUUGUUCUUUUGUGGGCUGUGGUUUGGUCAGUUACCGGCUCCGAAUGUCUUCCUGGAGGAAAUCUGUUUGGAAUUAUAAUCUUGUUCUAUUGUGCCGUCACUGGAGGUAAACUUUUUGGACUCAUUAAGUUUCCAACAUUGCCUCCCCUGCCUCCUCUUCUUGGCAUGCUACUUGCUGGGUUUCUCUUGAGAAACAUCCCCAUCAUCAGUGAGAAUGUCCAAAUCCAGCACAAAUGGUCCUCUUCUUUGAGGAGCAUAGCCCUUUCUGUCAUUUUGGUUCGUGCUGGCCUCGGUCUGGAUUCAAAGGCCCUGAGGAAGCUGAAGGGGGUGUGUGUCCGACUGGCCAUGGGUCCCUGCAUUGUGGAGGCGUGUGCUUCUGCCCUUCUUUCACACUUCCUGAUGGGUUUGCCAUGGCAGUGGGGGUUCAUACUGGGUUUUGUCCUAGGUGCUGUGUCUCCGGCUGUUGUGGUGCCUUCAAUGCUCCUUUUGCAGGGAGGAGGCUAUGGGGUUGAAAAAGGUAUCCCAACUUUACUCAUGGCUGCUGGCAGCUUCGACGACAUCUUGGCCAUCACCGGCUUCAAUACGUGCUUGGGUGUGGCAUUUUCCACAGGGUCUACAGUUUUUAACAUCUUCAGAGGCAUUUUGGAGGUGGUAAUUGGUGUGGCCGCUGGAUCUUUUCUUGGGUUUUUUAUUCAGUACUUUCCAAGCAGUGACCAGGGCAACCUUGUGUGGAAGCGAUCCUUCCUGGUUCUGGGUUUUGCUGUGUUCGCUGUGUUCAGCAGUGUCUACUUUGGCUUUCCAGGGUCAGGAGGACUGUGCACACUGGUCAUGGCUUUCCUUGCAGGCAUGAGGUGGAGUGACAAGAAGUCAGAGGUGGAAAAGAUAAUUGCAGUUACCUGGGACAUUUUCCAGCCCCUUCUUUUUGGCCUGAUUGGAGCAGAGGUCUCUAUUGCGUCUCUCAGACCAGACACUGUUGGUAUUUGUGUUGCAACUCUUGGCAUUGCAGUGUUGAUACGAAUUCUGACUACUUUCCUGAUGGUGUGUUUUGCUGGUUUUAACAUAAAGGAGAAAAUAUUUAUUUCUUUUGCCUGGCUUCCAAAGGCCACAGUCCAGGCCGCUAUUGGGUCUGUAGCUCUGGAUACAGCAAGAUCACACGGAGAGAGGCAGCUAGAAGAUUAUGGAAUGGAUGUGCUGACAGUGGCAUUUUUGGCCAUCCUUAUCACAGCACCAAUUGGAAGCCUACUGAUUGGUUUGCUUGGUCCCAGGCUUCUCCAGAAAUUUGAACAUCAAAACAAAGAGGAAGCUCAAGAAGAGAAUUCUGUACAGGUUCAGAGGAAGCCUGGAGGUUCUAUUACAGAAGCCUGAUGGACCAUGUUCUCCAUUCUACCUUCAACCAGAGUGACUGUAUUUCCCUUUGUUUCAGAUGAAAAAUUUCCCAUGAAAUUUCAUAAGCAAAAAAAUAAAUAAAUAAAAAGUUUUAU